AUGAAACCAUUAUCUAACAUAUCAUUGAGCAAUAUUGGAUUUAGUCUCCAUAGCAGGCUUGAUUACCUCAAUGCCACUGUUUGCUUCUCAUUGGCUGCCAGAUCAUAUAAUGAUAAACUUGAAGCUUGGGAGCCUCUUGUUGAACCUGUUGAUGGUGUCUUAAGGUGCAGCCCAAAAUAUCCUUGUCUGUACACGAAGAACUGCAUCUUGGGGAGCACAUAUCUGCUCAUCUGGGACCUACAAUCCAUUUCUUCAAUUUAUGUCCCUGUAGAAGCGUAUCUGUAUUUUGUGGAUAAUGGCAUAUUCUCUGUGGAUGGUGUGCUUUUCGAUAAUCCAGUGACUCCAUCAGCAGCUUUUAUGUUCCCCUUACUGGUUUCGAUAACCUCUCUAAUCUGUGAGGUUUGUGUUUACUUUCUUGCCCUCCCUCUCUCUAAGAAGAAAACGCAGCCUCAUCGUCUUCAAUCACCCAACGACAUAGGUGGAACUCAAACUUCUCAGACCAAAAGAAAUAUUGCUACUAUAGCUGGAGUACCAUUUGUAGAUGUUGUGACUACAAUGCUUGGUCCAACUAUUCCUCUUACAACUGCAGAAUGGGAGAAUUGUUACUUUGCUCUAAGAAAUAAUUGUCAUCAACGGAUUAUUCUACCAUACACAGGGGACAAAUACCUGCUUCAUAAACAAAGCACAAAAUGGAUCACAGUUAUGACAAUGGCGCCUCCAAGGCUGGAAAACGGUGCCGGGGUGUUAGAUAAGCCAGUAAUAGAGAAAACAACUCCUGGAAGAGAGUCUGAGUUUGACUUGAGGAAAUCAAGGAAAAUGGCACCACCAUAUAGAGUGAUGCUACACAAUGACAACUACAACAAGAGGGAAUAUGUUGUGCAAGUGUUGAUGAAGGUUAUACCUGGAAUGACAUUAACUAGAAUUGGUCGAGAUGCAGUUUUAUAUGUUGAGUCGCUCGUUGAGUCAAUCAUGGGAGGAUUUGAAGAGCUAAUCAACAUUCUUGGUUCUGAAGGAGCAUCUACCAGAAGUCAGCUGAAACUACAAAUGGCUUUUGAUGGGCGGGAAAGAUAUAUGAAGAGAUCUUGGGAGCCAAGUGAUAAAGCUGAUCUUCACUUUGUCUACAAAGAUGUUGAAGGAGUAUCAACUCAAUGGGAUGAUAUUCAAAGAAAACUCAGGAACUUACCUCCUAAACCCUCUGCCUUCAAACCCGAUCCCUUCACUCCUGCAGAAGAUGAAGAUUCCAAACCUAAAACCAAAUCUCGGAUCGAUAAAAAGACAGAAGAACUCAAAGAUUUAGAAGAUGAUCUUGAUGAUAGUUGUUUCCUCAAAGAAUACAAAAAGAGGUUAGCAGAGAUGAAGCAAACAGUGGAAGUUUGA